GUUCGGACACUGGCCGCCAAAGUGUUUCGCCAAAAUGAAGAGUGAGUUCAAGCAGCAGUUCUACAAGGAUAUGGCAGGAGAUCCUGGGCUGUCGAACCUCGAUCGCAUUGAAGCCUUCGUGGUCAGCUCAAUCACUGUCCAACGGAUGGAGGAGGAGCGCGUCCGCAAGGGUGGCAAGUACCCUCCGCUGAGGAAGUGGGCGCGCGACGGCUUCGACGCGAAAAAGAUCAAAGAUACUGUGCAGGAUAAAAGGUGGAACCCUGAUCUCGGGGAGUGGACGUACAGGCCGCAAUUUGAGGCGGCCUGGAGCGAGACAGCGGGGGCCGCAGUGCGCAACGAGCUGUGCACCGAUAAGAGGACGCAGGCGAAGCAGAGCGGCCCGCGGGCAGCGGCCUCGACGGGCGUCGCAGAGCACGGCGGCGACAAGGGCGACAGAAGCGACGAGAGCGACAUGUCCAGAUCCAG